GUUGAAUAUUAAGUCAAGAAAGUCAUGGUGCAGAGUGCAAAACUCGCAGUUAUUCUAGUUGUUUUGGUGCUGAUUCAAUGCACAUUCGUGGAUGGAUGGUGGCGGCGUCGAUAUAGAAGAAAAUAUCGUACUCCUGUUCCUACUUCUAGUACAUAUCGCUGCAGGAACCGUCGCUCAAUAUACGGUAUGUCUGGUACUGUAUACAAUAGAAAUAUGUAGUGCGAGUUUGCACAUGUGUACGAUAUGUGUACGAUCAAUAUUUUGUUAUCAGCCAAUCAGCUCAAUCAAUAUUUUGUUAAUGUAGGCCCAAAUCUUACAACUUCAAUCAUGACUCCUAACCUUCAACCAAUAAGUUACAUUAGUGAUCAUUAGUAAUGCCGUAGUACCUAGUUUUUUUCUGUCCCAUGGCCAAUUACGAAGACUCAACUACUCAAUCUUUUCUUAGGCCUAGAUAGUAAUAAAUAUCUCAUAAUGAUAUAUCUAAUAAUAAGUUAAAAAUAGCAGCAUAUGAAUUUUGCCAAUUUUUACCUAUAUCUUUCAUCAAUCAUUUCCACAGGCGUUGUUCCUAACAUCUUAUAAAAAUUCUAGAAUUACGCCUGACACAAAUGAGUCAUACAAUUAUCGACCAAUAUCAAUACUCUGUCUAUCUGUCUUUUCAAAAGUCUUAGAACAACUUGAAAAGUAUAAUUUCAUGUACAAUUAUCAAUUUGGAUCCAGGAAAAAGGUUCAACAGAGCAAGCAAUUCUCGAACUUACUAAUAAACUAAAAUCUGCGAAAAACAAUUAACGUGCGGUCUAUUUUUAGAUUUUUCAAAAGUCUUUGAUACCGUUAAUCACAAAAUCCUUUUAGAAACGUUGAAAAAAUAGGGAAUAGGAGAUGUUCCACUCAAAUGGUUCACAAGUUAUGUUAUCUAACUAAUCGCCAAGCACAGAUUCUGAAAUAUUAAGAGUGACUAGCUUGUGAAGUUCCACAAGGAUCAACACUUGGACCGUUAUUGUUCUUGCUGUAUAUAAAUAAUAUGCCUAACUGUUCAAAAAAGCCGUAUCCUUCCGAAUAUUUGGUGUUAGUACUUUUGCACAAAUGAACAUAACAAAUCCUUCACGUUGAUUGGUCAAAUUUGACGUAUUAAGCAGUUAUAUUCACCUACAGGUGAAUAUAACAAAACCGAAAUUUUCAAAAUGGCGGCUAGCUGUUUUGUGAAAGUUAGUGAUAAAGAUAUAAGCGAAAUUAAAAUAUAUAUUAAGUCCCAAAAAUACAAAAGACUUGUGUAAAAAUACUAAACUUUCGUCUCGGCGAAUAUUCCCCGAUAAUCACAGAGCCUGAGGCGAAUAAUUGUUAAAUGACACUAAUGUUUUUAACUCAGGUAAAUCAGUUAGUAAAAUUGAAAUGGGAAGGAAUGAGGAAAUUAAAAAAAUUAUAACUAACUGCUACUAAGAAACUUUCAAUAACUUUAAAAAAACGAACUUUAUGAUUAUUGGUUCAAAACAGAAAAAGAUCGGAAUAUAUAAUUUAGAUUGGAAACUAGAACGAACACAAUACAUAAAAUACUUAGGUAUGUACAUUGACAGACACAUUACUUGGGAACAACCAAUCAAACACGUGAAGGCCAAAAUUGCUAUAAAUACUGGUAUUAUAAACAAAUUAAGAUAUCACCUUGAUUUAACAGAACAUUUCUUGAUUUUUAGAGCAAGAGGAGCAGGACUCAAAAACCAAAACAGGAAUAAAAGGUAACACUGAAAUUUCUAAAUGACAUAUAUAUACAUAUAUUAUUCAGCUCAUUCUCCAACUUGGUUUUUUAGUGACCGAGAAGAUCAAGUAAUACGCUUACGUGUAUUACUUACGCGACUGUUAUUUUCAGGGAGUUAAAAUAACUCCGGAAAAGAGGGUUAGCAAAAAAGGUUCAAAAUAAUCCGUUUUUGGGGGUUACAAAUAACUCCAUUUCUGGGGUUAAAAUGUAACUCCACUUUUGGGGGUUAAUCUAACUCUCAUAUUGGAGUUAAAAUCUAACCCCUAUACAGGGGUUACAUAAUUUUAACUCCGUUUCAGGAGUUAAACCGGUACUCUUGAAGACGUUUCCUCAUCUUUUUAAUUAUUUUUACACAUUUUUAAUGUUAUGAAAACCAAAACAAUGAAAAAACAUCACUUAGUUUUCAUAACAUUAAAAUUGCGUAGAAAUAAUUUAAAAAUGAGGGAAAAUCUUCCGAGAGCGUUAGUUUACGGAACGCUUUCUAACUACUUAAUGCAACUUACCUCGUAAAACGGGGAAGUAUCGAGAAACCUACCAAUCAGUCUAAUUAUACUAUUCAAUUGCUUCAUCUAAUCCAAAAAGUACGCGAGAAAGUUUUCUGUGAAAUAUAUUUUAUACAAACUAGCCAUGUAUUUCUAGAAUUAAAGCUCUACAACUUGAUUUCAAACCAUGCAUCAUUGACACAUUAAGUUACUGUCAAAUUUAAAUGUUCACAACUGAAUUCAUAUACAUUUGUCAAAGACAACAAGUACUAUCACAAUGGUAAAACUUCAGUAAAUGUGUUUACAGUACAGUACAGUACAGUACAGUACAGUACAGUACAGUACAGUACAGUACAGUACAGUACAGUACCUGAUUAUAGUAACCGACGAAGCAAGAUAUUUCCUAAUCUUGCAUGAAAUUGAAUUAAUAAUUUCAUCUGAAAUUAACUCAUUAAUGGAAUAAUGCCCAACAUUUCCCCCUUGACAAGUAAAUUUUCUUGUAUAUAGACACAGUAAACUGACAAAGUAUUGUAGAUCACAUUAAGACAUGAUAUGCAUUAUAGCCUUAUGGACUGAAAUUUGCCCUGGAUUUUUCAAAUUGAAAAUUAGGAAUUAUGUUGUUUUGUUAGCCCAUUUAUACAGGCAAGGUGCUCUGUUUAUUACUACCUGUAUGGCAAUAAUACUUGAUUGCCUCACACCACAAAUUUUACUUGUCAAAGAGAGGCAGCUUGGCAUGUACAAUGAGACAAGGAUAUAGGUAAAAAAGAAAGACUGUAUUAAAUUAAUCAAUACACAGUAAAUCCCCUUGCUAAAGAAAUAUGUUGCAUGUUGAUGUAGGCAGCAAAUUAAUUAAUAAAGUGCCUGUAAUUACUUUCGUCCUGAAUCUGUUGAUGGUGACUCUUUUUCGAUCAAUAUACAUGUAAGAAUCAAUUGGAUUGCUCAAGAGAGUUUCUUUGAUGAAUUCAUUUAUACAGCAUGACAUAGUUGACACUUAUCGACAUCGAACCAAAUCAAUAUCUUGAUGUAAGACAAUCGGUUUCAAAUGGCCAGUUAUAGAUAUCAUCAUGACCAUAUCCAGGCUAUGAUUCUUUUCCAUCUGAAGUGUUUUGGCAUGCUAGUACCAACCUACAAUAUUAAAUAAUAAGCAUUUACCACAUGACAAAUGUGAAGCUUGUACUACAUCUAAGACACAUUUUACUAUUGGUUUUCAAAGUUGUGACUUCAAAAAACUUGAGUAAUCAUAGCUGCAAAAACCUGGCAAUGUUCAUAGAGGAACUAAUUUCAUAUUAUAAUAUUUAUAUCAAACUAGUUUUCCAUGGUUCUGAAAUGGAAUUCAUUGAGGAAGCCAUUGUCAGUUGCCUUUGGAUCCUAAAAUUCUUAACACCAAAUAAUUGUGAGAAUUUGUACCGAGGGUCUCCCAGGGCUGGUUUUAGGGAACCAGGGAACAAUGCAUAUUUUGCAAUCAGAAUUCAAAGCAAAAAAUGAUAGAAAACAAGGGACCAUAAAGUUUGGAAAACAAGUAAACAUGGUGAAAUCUUUGUGGGGAAAAAGGAAAAAUUUGCAAGGGAAUACAUAUCCCUCAUAUGAUGCCCUAGCUCUUGUACUCUACAGUGAAUUAAAAAUAUUAGUUUUUGCACCUUAAUUUAUAUUUGAAGCUUGAGCCAUCACUGGUGCUGCAAAGAAAGCCAUGACCAAUUCUUCUUCAAUAUGCCUACUGAAUAAUAUAAAAAAACUUAUAUCAGAUUCUAAAAACAUAAAACCUUCGUCACGUUUCAAAGGUUGCCCUCUUUUGACUAUAAAUGUAUCGCAUUUUAUAAAUUUUAUACACAAACAGAAGCUAAUUUUUAUGAAAAACCGGACAGAUCUCGUCCUGAUUUAUUUGACUUUGGGGUAAACUGCUAUUUUAAUACUUGGACUCUUGGUCUUUCAUGAACCGUCUUUCUCAAGAAAGGCGGCCUUCCUUCUGGAAAAAACUCGCCUGGCACAUGAUGUAAAAUUUGCUGAAGGUCCAUUUCAGUGUUACACGAAAGAAAUACUAUUUCAAUCUGCACUAGAAGUAUUUUAUAUGUUGACAGCCUGGACAGUCGCCGUGUGUUUAGCCUGUUUGAACGCGAAACCACCACAGGCUUGUUUGUAGGAAAAUUGAAUGCAAUAUACCAAAAAUAUAACAUAAAAGUCCAUAAGACACAACCUUACCUUCAAAUAUAUAUUCUAAACCAGUACACCGGUACUCUUCUGGCAUUUUUCUGUAAAAAUAUCCAAGUUUAAUCAAGAAAAUUUUGUGCUAAAACCUGAAGUACAAAAUCUCAACAAAUAAAUGAAGAAAAGAGCGGGAAAAUAAUUAUCCCGGUCGGGAAAUUGAACUCUUGUUGAUUACUGGAUGCUAAUUGGACAGAUUCCUAACUAACUACCGGGGAAAAUUUCCCUCGGCACUUUGCGUUAGUGAUGGGCGAUACCAGGAUUUUUAAUUCGAUACCGAUACCGAUACUUUUAAGAUCGGUAUCGGCCGAUACCGAUACCUAUUUCGAUACCAAAAUGAGCAUAAAAUUUCAAUUUUCGAUACCGGAAGUGAGUACUUAAAUUUCUAGUAUCGGCUAUUUUAAAUACCUGCCAGUCAGCGGAAAAACAUUUUACAUUACUGUAUGUAACAAAUGUAUGUAACCUAAAUAAAGCUAUAAGUAAACCAAAAGCCCGAAACGUAAUAAAUAUUUUUUAUACAUGAGUUGGCGCACCACACUUGGAAAUUUGGAAUAUUAAGAGUUAUUUUAGUGGUUUUUUAAGUCUUAUUCAACCAAGAAGUGAAAUUAAACAAGUCGUUUAAAAAAGGGUGCAAGUAUCGAACGAUACCACGUCAGUAAUCGAUACCGAUACCGCUGUUUGUGGUAUCGCUGGUAUCGAAUACCGAGUACUCGGUAUCGCCCAUCACUACUUUGCGUCUCCUUGGCAAAUGUAAACAACAAAAAGAUUUGUAGAUUUCAUAUAUUUUUUGAUAUGUCCGUGUACGGAGAAAUAUGCAGCAAGUUGGACAAAAAAUCGCACUUCGAGAAGCAAGAUGAUAAUCUAUCUGAAAGUAAGUACUCUCGAUAUAAUAGGCUCUUUUGAUAAUGGGCCCUAUUGACUACCCAUUGUAUUAAAGCUUUUUGCUUUUAUGUUUAAAGUAUAGAUGGUUCCAUAGUUGCAAUUACUAUACUAUACUGUUCUAUUAUAGUGUACUGCCUGCUACUCUUCUAGAAAAAACUGCACUGUGCAGUGCCUUACAACAGUGCCUUACUGUAAUGUGUAGUACAUACUAUAUGUCUAUAUUGACUGGUUGGUUCCAUACUUUUAAUAUUGUGUUCUGCCAUACAGUACUGUGUGGUGCUGUAUUUAUACUAUACUGUGGUGCCAUGCAUACUACAUUGUGGUGUUGCUCUAUACUGUAUUGUGUGAUUCUGUAUUCUUCUGUGUUGUGGUGCCUUCUGUGUGAGCCAUACUAUACUAGAGCUAGCAUGCUUCGCUCUGCAGUACACAGCCCAAGACAGACCAGUAUAUGGCAGAGUAGUGUCAUACAUUAUGUACAGUACACUAUAAAACAAAGUAUGGCAUGCCAUGCUCUAGUAUAUAGUAUGGCUCACACAGAAGGCACCACAACACAGAAGAAAAUACGAUGGCACAAUACAGUAUAGAUCAGCAAAAUAAUAUAGUAUGCAUGGCAUCACAGUAUAGUAUAUAAUAUAACAGUACAGUACAGUACAGUACAGUACAGUACAGUAUGACAAAACACAAUUAAUAUCAAAAGUAUGGAACCAACCAGUACAAUUUAUAGAUAUACGACAGUAUGUACUAUACACUACAGUAAUGUACUGCACAGGGCAUAUAAUAUUGCUGGGCCAUGCUUUACUGUGUGGAAUGUUGUACAUACUGUACUGUGGUGCCAUACAUGCUAUAUUGGGGUCUUGUAGAUGGAAAUUAUCAAGUGGAAAUUUUUACACAUUUAUUAGACCUAACCAGGAACAGCUGCAAAAAAUGCAACUAUAUAGGUCCCUGGCAGGAAUAUAUAAUUAUAUAUACCUACAGUACCAUUCUGUAUUCUUUAUAUGUGUUGUGGACAUGGUGUUAUAUGCUUAGCCGACGGUGCUUCUAUCUGCUAUAUGUAGUGCUUUUCUGUCUUGAGCGGUGUGGUAUAUUCCAUUCAAUUAUAUCCAAUAUAUUAUGUUAUUAAUUUUUCUAUGCUUUGUUGUGCCAUAAUACCCCACUAUAUAGUGUGCUACACUGUGCUAUAGUGUAUGCUGUAUUAAUUGCACUAUAUUAAACUGUUCUAUACCAUACAAGUAUGUGCUAAGCUGUGUUGUAUUGUAUUCUGUUGUGUCAUACUCCUGCUGUGCUGUGGUAUGUAGUGCCAUAUUGCACUAUAUUGUGCUGUACUGUGAUACGUACACUGUUCUGAAUAUGCUUUACUGUUUUUACUGCACUACUGCACCAUACUGUGUGUAUACCACACUUUACCAUAUAUCUUAAUGUGUUGAGCUGUCUCAUAUUGUAUUGUUGUGCCACACCGUACUCUACUGUUCAAGUGCCAUACAGUGAUUAUAUGCUGUACGGUACUAUGCAGUGCCUUUACUAUACUAGCUAUAUUACUACACUACAUUGUGAAUAUGGUGUCGCACUAUUCUGUAUUGUUUACUUUUUUGUAUGGCACCACUAUGUGAUAUACCGCACUGUGCCAUAUACCCACUGUGCUAUUAUCUGUGUCAUAUUGAUUUGUACUGUGCUGUUGUGUACUCAGUUAUGCUGUACAGUACAGUACAGUACAGUACUGUACAGUACAGUACUGUUCUGUUCUGUGCCAAAUGGCUGACAGUGUAUUAUCAUUCUUGUGAUGUGUUGCACUAUGCUGUGCCAUAUUAACACUACAGUACAUAGGUUGGACUGGGCUGUGGUAAACUUUUUUUGGCCCAUGACGCCCUACUUUAGUAUUUUACUUUGUAUAAUCCCAGACGAUUUUACUAAUUCUCAAGGCCGAGAGGGUAUUGCACAUAGCUCAAACAAUCACCUCAAACUGUAUUGUGCUGCACUGAAUUGUUAUGUGUUAUAAACUUUGCUGUAUUUCACUGCAUGUGCUACCGUAAUCUGAACCAUAUGGGAAAUUGUGCUGUACUGUCCUUUGAUGUACUGCAUUCUCAGGAAUAUAAUUGUACUGUAAUGUACUGUGCUAUGCAAAAUUGUAAUAUAUUUUGUUGCACUGUAAUGAAAUUUACUGUAUUUUGUGUUGUCAUAGCUAUCAUGUCUUGUUUUAACUAAUCAAUAGUGCAUUGUAUUGUACUGUAUGACAAGGUACAAUGUAAUUGCUAUGUUUAAAUUUAAUGUAAUAAAACACAUCACAACAGAAUAUUAAAAAUAAGUUGUAAUAAAACACUGCAUCAUUGAGCUGCUGUGACCAAGAAUGUCACUCCUCUCAUUUGAAUAUUUAUAUUAAACACGAAAUAAAACAUGUUCUCUUACCUGAAACAUGAAUAAUGUAGUUCUUGUUUCCCUUUUGUAUACGUUGUCACGUUUUUUUUCUUGAGUGCAGUUGAAAGGAAAGCAAUCUGAGCGAGUUAAAACUAUUAAAAAUAGCCGAAAACACGACGCCAUUUUGCUUCCAGGCUCCUAUAACAAAUAACUCCAAUAAAGGGUGUUAUAUUUGAAUAACUCAACUAACUAGUUUGCCAGUAUCCUCUAACUCCUCAAAAAGAGUUAUUAUAACUCCUGAUAUGGGGUUAACAUAGCCCUAAAAUUUUAACUCCACCAAAAAGGAGUAAUAGGGGAGUUACUUUAACUCCCUGGAAAUCUGUUACUCCUCUCACAGAGUUAUUUUAACUCCAAAUUUGGAGUUAAACUAACCUUAAAAUUUUAACUCCACCAAAAAGGAGUAAUAGGGGAGUUAUUUUAACUCCCUGAAAAUAACAGUGCGCGUGUAUUAGUUAGUUAGCCUAGACUAAUUAUCUUUACAACAACUGUGAUAUUACUUUCCUAACUAUGUUUAUCCAAAUCCACGCUGCCAACUUUCCCUGUGGAAGGAACCGGAGCGCCUGGAGAAAUACCACGACUUUCGGCAAUGACUUUCUUGUUGACGGACUUUUUUCGCAUGGGCGCGUAGCGAAAAUCGAACCCACGUUCUCAGAGGUGAAGGGCAUGCUUGCUCUGACAACUGCGCUACCGAAGCCCCAUAUCCCUCGUUUUCUUAUAUUUUAUUAUACAACAGGUUUUAGAGCUAUUAAUAAGUCUAUUAUUAUCAGGUUAGGUGUUAGCAUGACCAGGGGUCAUCCUAAGAAAAAUUUAGAACUGCCCAUUUCGACAAGAGCAGAGGUAGUGAACACAAGCUAACUGUGUGGCAGUAAUGAGAGAGGAGGUCAUGGCGUACUGGAUUCCUGAGUAGCUAGGAGGGUCCUGGGGCAUGUUCCAUCGGAAAAUUUUGGAUUUUACAAGUCCAGAUUGGCCAUUUCAUGCAUUUUCAGAGUGAUAUUUGAUUUUGUUUUUGCCUUAAAUAUCUGUAUGGGCGCUUAGUUUAUAACUAAUUUUCAUAUAAAGCUUGAAAACUCGAUUUUAGAACUGCCCAUUUCAAGUUUAAGAACUACCCAUUUUACAUUUAGAACUACCCAUUUUGGAAAAUGGUAGGCCUUAGGAUGACCCCUGAGCAGGACUGUAUUUUACUUUUCGAAAAUGAUAACCGAAUUUUUUUCCGUGUUAUUCCGGCAUAUUCUGUGAUAUUCCAGCGUUCCGGGUUUUCAGAACGCCCAGGACAUUAACCAAUAAAAUUGGAUAUUAUAAUUAUAUCCCAUUUUGUUAUAUGUCUUAUAGAACAGGCUCCAGAGCUAUGAUGCAUGCAGUUAUUAUCAGGCUGGGGGUUUGCAUGAGUGUAUUUUUAGUUAAUUUAAUAAUUCCAAAAUGUUUUUGAGGAGUUCCUGCACUUCUUUUGCAAUUUAACAUGAUACAAAUUCUUGUUGCAGGCCAAGGGAAGUCCAAACGAGGUUUAGCUGAAGCGAUCCCAAUAAUAGAGCUAGGUCUUAAUGUCUUGACGAAAGUCCUAGACACUCUUGGUAAUAUUGAGAGAAAGAUUGCAAUUGGUAUUGGUAAUGAUACGCCAUUCGCGUGGAAAGCUGAUGGAGUAUAUUUCCGUUCUGGUACAUCUGAUGACGUUCUUCCAGCUUGUUUGAGUUCAAAAGAAGCCGCCGUCUUCCCAGCGAGGAAAACCUCCGGUCCUGUUGCAACUGGGGCAGUAGGUGUACUUUGCUAUUACAUCCCUGAUAAGAAAAAGUCCUUGUGUGUUUUGUUCAGUGUACCAUUUGAUUACAAUUUGUACUCCAAUUGGUGGGACGUGAAGGUGUUCUCUGGUAAAAAAUCGCCCAACCAUCAGUUGUAUGUAGACAUGUAUUAUGGUGACCCAUACAAAGGUGACAACAGGUGAGCUUGACGUGAAUAAUUCGUCGUGUGAUGAAUGAUUUAAUUAGGACUUGUUUACAUGGAGGUAGGGGAACCCUGCCACUAGGAUUACCCUGCCAAGAGAGUAAAAAAUAGCGAGUUCUUACAUGAGAUAAGGUAGGGUAACCCUAUCUAUUCGUGGUCGCUAAGCCAGUUGUAUUUAAAAAUGGCGAGUAUAAACGCAAAAUUUUAGCGGCAAGUUGUAUAAUGAUAUGCCUUGGACCUUUGCAUGCUGCAUUUCGAUGCUUUUGUCUUUUACUUUGUGUGCUAUGGUAUAAAAAUGGAGAAUAAAACCUGACCCGCUUGGUAGGGUAAUCGCAUUUGACGCGUAUACACAUUAAGAGGGGAAAUGCCCUCUCCAUUCCUCCUUCGUAUCUAGUCGUUCAAAUGUUUAUCACAUCACAAAUAAGCCGACUGAACUAUCUGCUGCCAUAUCCACUAACAAACCAAGUACAGUAAAUUUGAUCGUAGAAUCAUGCAGGCUAACAGGCGAUAUUCGGAACAGCGCUAUAAAUAUUGGCGACAACUACAGUAUUCUAUUUUUCGUCUUUAUCGACCAACUCCUGGGGUGGAAUACUAUAGCGUACAUUCAUAUGUUGGUAUACCAGUAUCUCGCCUGUCAAUCCUUGAAUUAAGAAGCAGGGGAAAAGGUGCUACGGCUGCUCUUUACAGUACCUGGCAACUUACCCCGAAACCCUAAAAGUGCCAUCAUAGAACAGUAAUGUAUAUGCGCUAUAGAAAUGUUAUUAUUAUUAUUAUUAUUAUUAUUUGGGUCGUUCUGACCAUCAAUGUCUGUGGCUAUAUCCCAAAAUUGCCAACAAAUAACCCCCUCCUAUUUCUAAAAUAGUCAGACUGCAUAACCCUGGAAGCAAACAAACAUCGAAUAGAAUUGUUGUCCUUCAAAAUUGUGACAAUGUUAUAAUGGCGACAGAUGUGGACGACAAAGUGGAGAUAUUUAACGGAACGGUACUCUCCCUGUUAGACAAGGCUAUGCCAAAAAUUACAAUACCUCAGAUAUACCUUGGAUUGCCCCAGAAUUAAGAUACAGAUCAAAGUAAGACAAAAGGCUUUCUCUCAAAGUGAUAAAGUUAAGUAUGACAAAUUUAUAUGUAAAAAGGUAUCAAAGCUAAUUCAAAAUGUAAAAGAAUGUUUCUAUCAUACUGAAGAGAGAGAUCCCCAAAGAGGGCCCGCAAAACGGAAUAAAAUUGUUUAUACUCUGUUGGGUGCUGAGACAAAAUAUAACUCCUUACAAAUCCCAUCUGAGGAAGUCCUGGUUGAAGUUGCUGAAAACCUACAAAUCGCAUUUACUGACCCAUGGAAAGAUGUCAUUAUUGACCUGCCGGACACAGGGACGUCGCGAAGCCAUUAUUAGCGAACUUAAGCAAAGCUUAAUCUAGUACGGGGACGUGUCACGAAACCUCCUUAAAUUUUACACUUUUAUAAUUAUAAAAAACUACCGUUAUUAAGAACUUCAACAAAGCAGAACGAAAGUGCAACGAGAACAGCUAAAAUAUUAUAUUAAUGCAAGAAAAUGAGCAGAAAUUGACAAUUAAAAUCCACGGAUGUUUUAGACGUCACCGUAGCUCUGUUUUACAACGGCGAAAUACAGAUUAUCACGUCUUGUAUACAUCGCUUACAUUUCAAGCUGGGACAACUGCUAUUUUAAAUUAGGUCCUGGAACUUUCUCAAUCAUAAACCCAGUGUUAAUCUUGAUCAUUAAAAUGUAUUAUUUUCAUACGAUGGAUAAUAGACGACAGGUUUUCUUCUGCAAUCAUUUGGUUCAACGUGACUUUUUGCCGUCGCCGUCGCGUUCCCGUCCUACAGUACGCGCUUAAGGUCGCUAACAUUUGGGGGGGGGGGGUUGUCGUCAUGUUUUGACCAACAUUUCCUAGGAUUUUGAUCAAGUUGUACAAAUUUUUCCCAAAAAUGUUGUCGAUGGGGGAGGGGAGGUCAAAAACAUUUUUCCGCACUAACAUAAGCAUAUUCAAAUUUUUCGACCAAGAAAAGCAAGGCUUUCAAUUUUUUCACCGCAAACAUAACCAUGGAUAAUAAAAUAAAUUUAUUUUAUUAUCCAUGACAUAACAAAAGCUUUAAAAUUGUUAAAAUUGCAAACCAUUUUAUAACUUCGGGCAACUUCGACCAUCGUUUAUCCCAAACUUUGACCAAAUUUUUCCGAGUUCUACCUUCAAUUUUAAGCAAAUAUCAGUUCCAUUUUGACCAACUUUGACCAACGUUUGAAUUAUUGUGGGGGGGGGGGGGUGUUACACCCCCCACACACCCCUAUAGCGACGUCCCUGGCCGGACAUAAAUGAAGUUAACCACUUACUUAAGGUUACGUCACCACCGCUACCUUCCCUCGGACAGGUACGGUCCUGCCUUAUAAACACCUUAAUCCAAAGAAAGCAACAGGGAUAGAUAAAAUUCUCGCCUCGUUUUUAAAACAGUCCAGUGUUGUAGAUACUCGUUACAAUAGUAAUUAAAUUACAAAUAAAACCACAGAUAAAACAGUACUAUUCCACGCUUGUUUACAGAUAACGGACUACAGGAGUGAAGUCAAAUUAGUGACUUCCCAUCACGUGAUCUUCGCGCGUGCUCGAUAGAAACUCGUUCGUUUGCUCGCAGUGGUUUCUCCUCAGCUCAGAAACCACUGCCAGCAGGGUAUGGACAUGGGUGAAGUGCUUUCUUACGGAGCGGACUCAACUACAAGUGAAUUUGCAUAUCCGCAUAUCAUGGUGUUAUGUCUUCAAGAUCCCCAUGCUCUGCUGACGUUCCGCAGGCUCCAUCAUUUCCUCAACUGUAUUCAAUAUUCAUAUAAAUGUUUUGGAAGACACUUUAAACAAACAACGAUCCCACAAAUGCGCACAAGUACGCGGAUGACUCCACCAUUGAUUAGUCGUCUUAAUUGGGCCAAUGAUAAUAAAAUGAGGUAAAUCCAAAGAAAACAAAGGACAUGUGGAUCAGUUUUUACCAAUCUUCUCUUGAACCUCCACCCAUACAAACAGACGGAAUUGAAAUAGAAAGAGUGAACAUCUUCAAACUUCUUGGUGUAUGCAUGCAAAACGACUUAAAGUGGAACAUCCAUGCAUGUUCGCAAAAUUACAAAAGAGCGAAUAAAUUAUUGUUCCUUCUUCAAAAUCGUAGGAAAUCCUCCCUACCAACUGGGAUUGGGCUACUGAUAUACACGACAAAGAUUUGGCCAAUACUUGAACACGCUUCGCCAGUUUUGGGGGUGGGGAAGGGGGGGGGAAGGAAUCCCCUAAAUAUCUUGAAACAGAAAUUGAACGCGUUCAACAGAGAAAUUUGAGAAUCCUUGAAACUGAAGAAAGCUACCCUCCGCUCACUAGAAGAAGGAAGGGAAAAGGCAACAUGCAACGAGCUGAAAAGAAUCGUGGAAGUACCAAACAACCCAUGGAACCGUUGACUAGCCAAUAGUAGGGAGCUUAAGAUGCACCAAAUCUGCGACGCGAACGCGACUAAAAAACAGUCGCUAUUAAUGGGAGACUAGUUUUACUUAGUUUCUCUUGUGUCCCUGACUUUGUUUACCAAAAACAAUCCGGCUGUAGCUUUUACCUGUGAAGUGAAACUGUGAUAAUAGCGGCAGUUUUUCGUCACGUCCGCGUUGUAGUCUUGGUGUAUCUUAAGCCCCCUAGAAAGAAUCAAACUUACGAACUGAGGAAGAUUAGAGACAGCUUUCCAGGACAGUCCUCAAAUACACACAGCCCAUAGUACGUCUUUUAUUUCAAGGGCGUGUACAUUAUAAAAUUAAUGAAUGAUAUGAUUUUUACUGCAUGUAAUAAUUAUAUUUAAAUAGUUUUUUAACUUCAAAUUUUUUACACGUUUCUUUAGGCUUAUACAUAUAUAUGUAUUUAUAUAUUUUGCAUUGUAAAUCCAUUUUAUUUCUAUGCCAAAGAUGAAUAUUAAUUAAAAUUAUAUAAAAGUAUUAAAAAAUGCCUUAUGUGUACAGAAACGUAGCCCUUCUGCUAUAUAGCGUUAACGACCUUAUCUGCCUGAUAGGGUAACCCUAUACUCCGAGGGUACACCAAUUAAGCGCGCAUGUAAACACAACCGCGCAAACACAAUAGACUAAUGUAAUCCGCUUACUAGGGUUAACCCUUCUGCUAGCAUUACCCUAUUUCCAUGUUCUGCUAGCAUUACCCUAGUUCCAGGUCUUUAAUAUUUGUUACCCUUGUUGCGAGCUCACGGCGUCAGCGCGUGGAUAAGAACUGUAUAUCAAUUUUAAAUGACGUCUCAUUAUUAAAUUUCAUUCAUGCACUCAACUUAAAAUCUGAUUUUUUCUCCUUUCUUUUGAAAAAAGAUAUCAUGAGAGAAAUCUUGGUUCUGGUUUCAAGUUGGUAAAUGGCUACAUGACCAGUUCAGGAAAUGCUAAAUUGAAGAUGAAGAUUACAACUAAAUAAACAUUUCAUUGAUAUAACCUAAUCAGUGGCGUAGCCAGAACGAUAAUUGGGGGGGGGCAUAUUCAUAUAUUCGUGUUCUGCUUCAUUAAUUUCUUUUCAAA